AUGAUCCAGUUCAUCGAGCACGAGCAGCGUCUCCAGCCUCACGGCAGGGACGGCCAUGCCUUACAAAGGUACUGCAGGCGUCCACUUUGGCUCGUCGUUCAUGCGGACAGACGCCACGGCCGCGCUGCCCGUGCCCGGGACGUCGAUAAGGUGUGCGGCUGCGGAACAUCUCACGCGGCUCGCAGCCGUCCCUAG